AUGAAAUAUUUCAUGAUUGUGGCGCUUUUGGCUUUGAUGGCCUCAAGUAACUGCCAUCCUGCCUCCGAUGAUGAAGAUAGCUAUGCGCAGUCUAGCUUUUCAGCACAUCCUGUUCGUAAAGUUCGUGCACUUGGUGGCCAUGGUGGUCAUGGUGGUCGUGGUUUUGGAGGUGGUGGUGGAUUCGGAGGCGGCUUUGGCGGUGGCUUUGGUGGCGGUUAUGGCGGUGGUGGCGGAGGAGGCGGAGGAGGUGGCGGAGGUGGUGGUGGACACGGCGGUGGUCGAGGUUUUGGUGGCGGUGGUGGUCGAGGUUUUGGUGGCGGUGGUGGUCGUGGCUUUGGUGGUGGUCGUCAUCCAGGCGGAGGAUUUGGUGGACAUCCAGGCGGAGGAUUUGGUGGACGUCCAGGUGGUGGAUUUGGUGGACAUAAAGGUGGCGGAUUUGGUGGAGGUGGAGGUGGACGCGGAUUUGGAGGUCGUCCCCAUGGUGGCGGAUUUGGUGGUCGUGGUGGUGGUCAUGCCAGUGCCCACGCAAGUGCAAGUGCCUCGUCUUAUGGUCACUGA